GCCCUUAACACGAAUAAAAGCCAUUUUCUGUAAAGUCUGUUUGCCAUAUAAUCUGUUAAAAAUAUGUUUAACUGGGUUGUUUAUCAGUAGUAAGGGGAACUUGAAACCGCCCAUUGCCCCAUUUCCUCGGUUGUUUUGCUUUUUUCGCCUGGAUUCUCCAUGUUGGAGCAAUAGCGAAGUCUUUCAUAGCGACAGGGGGACUCUGCACAUAUCGUAUAAACAGCGGAAAAAGAGGACGGACAGACCAGGGAAUAUUAAGAAAACAUUAGUCACCUCACCAAUGUUUAUAAGAAAACAAGGAAGCACGCAACAAAAAUCCUACUUUGGUAUUAGAUACAGUGCAAUAUUUACCAAAGAAGACCGAUACGGUAGCUAACUAGCUAGCUAGCUAUCUCAUAGUACCUGCGUCUGGGGGGAACGGAUUGGAUUUUGAGAGGCUGUGCAUUUGUUAGAUGGAAAGUUCUAUCAUCACUCAAGUGCAGAGAGAAGACAGUCAACUGCCGUCCAAAACAGGUCAGGUGAACAAAUCUUCCCCCCAGAAGCCUCGGAGCCGGACGAUCUUCAAAGCGCUUUUCUGCUGCCUCCGAGCACAGGAUGCCCCUCAGACUCCGCCCCCUGCCCAGGAUACUCUGCUGCAGCCUGAGGACAAUGGGACGGUUGCCAAGAUCCCCGGAACCUGCCUGCUGCCCGAGGUGACGCCCCAGGACCAGGGCAAGAUCUGCGUGGUGAUCGAUCUGGACGAGACGCUGGUGCACAGCUCCUUCAAGCCUAUCAGUAACGCGGACUUCAUUGUUCCCGUGGAGAUUGAGGGCACGACGCACCAGGUGUACGUUCUGAAGAGGCCGCACGUGGACGAGUUCCUCCGGCGGAUGGGGGAGAUGUUCGAGUGCAUCCUCUUCACCGCCAGCCUCGCCAAGUAUGCGGACCCGGUGACGGACCUGCUGGACCGCUGCGGCGUGUUCCGGGCGCGGCUCUUCCGCGAGUCCUGCGUCUUCCACCAGGGCUGCUACGUCAAGGACCUGAGCCGGCUGGGCCGCGAGCUCCACAAGACGCUCAUCCUGGACAACUCGCCCGCCUCCUACAUCUUCCACCCGGAGAACGCUGUGCCUGUGGUGUCCUGGUUCGAUGACCUGGAGGACACGGAGCUGCUCACCCUCCUGCCGGUCUUCGAGGAGCUGAGUCAGGCGGAGAACGUCUAUGCCAAACUACAGCAGCUGCGAACCCCCUGACCUCCGACCCUACCCCCUCCCCCCCCCCUCUCUUCCACACAGCCAGACCAGACCAGACCCAACACCAUAAAACCAAACUCUGCCGAAACACAAAGACCGUGUUUCACCCACCCCCCCCCCCCUUGACUUUGUAGUCUCUCUCCUCAGUCAAGUCUGUGCCACCAGCCCCCCUGGUCUGGAAAUACUGUUGAGUCGGAUUUUGGACCAAUGCUGAACAGGCUGCAGUCUGGAGUCUUCUCCACGAAAAUGCCGCAAAUUGAGUAUUUUUUUUCCUGCAUUUUACUGCUUUCAAACUUGCACAGGACUUCACAAAGGAUGAUCUCCUCCAAAACCAAGACUGCCUACAGCUCUAUUGCCAAUGGGACUCCCACACAUUACUGUAUUGUGACUGACCUUAGCACAGGCGUUACCGCAGGUCUUUGCAAGGCGUCAUAGAAGAGGUGCAACCCAAAGUACCGUUCGUUUCUUUAAAGUGGAUGCCUUUGAAACAAAAUGGCUGUUUUCAGAAAGGUACUUACUUUUGCAGGUUCGCCUUAACGUCAUCUCAAGGAAGCUUCAUAUUAAAGCAAAACCCAGGGGUCUUUCUUCCCAAUCAAAAACCAGCAUGACCUGACACAUGAAUCGGGGGUCCUUCUCACCCCUUGCUGUCCAUCACUGUGCCUUUUGAUAAAUAAUUAAAAACCAGUAAACUGAAAGCUUUUUGUUCCUUUGAAACGUAAUGGUUGUUCUUUUUCAGUAGUUGGGUUUUAUAUUACAUUUUUAAAUGUCUUUUUAAUGUUCAGUAUGUUAACUGAGAACUCGCUGUAUAAAUGUUUUGAUAAGCAGUAUGAGGAAAAACAGCCAUACAGAAAGCCUCUGUACCGGAACCUUCCGCACAAGUCAGGGUAUUUACCAUCAGCAGUCGCGCGACACCAUGGCAAUCAAAGGGUUAAAAACGCAGUAUUAUGGCAGACAUUUGCCUGACUUAGCCUGGCUCACUCUAUGCAAUCCAGUCAUCCAUUUUGUUUUUGUGGUCUUUCUUUCCCUCAGUGUCCUGUGGAAUGUCUUUUUUUUUUUUUUUUGCCUUUUAAGGGCGUAGUAAAUCGAACGAGCCCGAUUCUGAAAGCGCCUCUUCCCAGAGCAACACAUGGACCGUGUUUACCGUGCCCUGGUUCACCUUGUUCAUUGUCAUUAUUAGCUUGUUUGGAGACAGGGUUAUUGGUAGCCCCAUUCCUGCUGUUCUGUUUCAUUACAUGAACUCAACUGAUCGAUUGUGUUUGGUUGCUGUAAUACAUAAAUACAUUUUUAAACCCCUCUUGUGAAAUUUGUUUCCACUUGUGUUGUUAAGCCAGAGAACCACGCGAUGCCAGGGUUCCAGUCUUUAAUGAUGUUUAAACUUUGGGAGGCACACGUUUUUAAGUUCUACAGCAGUUCAUGUGCUACGACAAAAGUGUCUUUGUCCCGGAGAUUUUCUAAAGACUUUAGAAAAAGUGUUUAAUUAAAUGCACUUAUAUGCAGUGACAUGUAAUACAUUUUCAUUUAUUGGGGGACAAGACUUUAGCCAAAAACUGUCUCCUUGAUUUAUGGGGCCUAUCAAAGUAGAAAAAUACCCUCUCCAUAACAGCCAUCAGCUACAAAAGGGUAAAGUUCUUUUUUGGUUUGGUUAUUUUGUUGCUUGUUUGCCAAGUGAGAAGCACCUAUAUAUUUCAAACAUGCCAAUAAAGUGCCUGAGGUAGUUUUUAUUAUUAUUUUUUUUUUACUGAAACUAUUGACUGAGUGCAAAGGGGCCUCCAUUUAGAAAAAAAAAGAAACAUUUCAGACUGUGUACCUGCCAUUUUCUUUUGAUGUAAGAAAAUGAAAUCAUGGUGUCUACAAAGUUUACUUUUCUUACCUUUCCAGCGUUUUCCAUAUUUUUUUUUUCUUCUUUUUUUUUUGCGACGCCGGUUUCGGGCCGCAGUUGAAGUCUCUGCCGACGGCGGCCCCCGGUCACUACUUACAGACAUUUGCAGCCAGACUGACGUCAUGCUCUUUGUCACCUUGAUUUGGAGGGGUUCCAAUUGAUUUUGUACUCACCUGUUACUGUCAAUCAUUUUGAUCUGUCACUCAUCAAAGAAAAAAAAAAAAAGCAUUUUUAUCUUGUUUCUUCUUGGUAGCGGGACACGGUGGAGGGUAUUUGCUGUGUAAUCAUUCAAGUUGUGAGAACAGACCAGCGUUUGCCAAAGCUGCUCAGCAUCGUCACUGGGGGACCAAGUGAUUCAAACUGCAACAAAAUUAAAGCCCUUUCUGCCUCUUAUUUCUGAAUUUUAUGUUUUUCUUUUAUGUUUUUUUCGUGAAUGGUAAGAGUGUUUCCUGUGACUGUAACCUCCCCUGGAGCAAUAAUAUGGUUUUGCAGUGUGCAAAAAUUUGUUGCCAAAGGUUUCAUGCAAAGAUGUAUUCUAUACACUGACCAGAUAUUCCAUUUACAUAUGCAACUUUCUGCCUGCACAGACCUGUUCACACAAAGAAUAUUUCCACUAGAGGCAAAGCAGAUGGUUACGGUUGUUAGUGUACUUGUCUCGCAUAAAGCUGCCAUUUAAGGUCAGCAUUCAUCUGGUCAGUAACUUGAAUGUUCUUUGUUGAAACCACCUUGAAAUGGUGGCCUGGGGGCCUCCUGAUUGGUUGGUCAGCUCAUCAGCUGGCCCCGUGCGAAAGCUUUCUGAUCGUCGGGAUUGGGCGGAAGGGAUGACUUCCUGUGCACCAUGUGACCCGUCCUCUGCCCUCCCAGAGGGGUUUUUUUUUGCAGGCACAGGUUUCAGAUCAUUUUGCAGAUUAAAAAGGCACAGCAAACAAUGGAGUGGCAGGGAUAGCUGCAGUUCUUAUUCCGGAAGUCCGGUUUGUUUUAUGCCUUUGCCUCAGUCCAGUUUAAUAUCUGAAAGCGCUUUGAGGGUUUUUAAUUGGUGCUGAGAAGAUGUUGUGCACGCUGACACAUGGAGGAUCGCUGAGUUUCUGGAGCGUUGAGGAUGUCCUCAAACACCAGAUUCCUACACUGAGCAAAGCAUUCACAGGGUAUGCAGAACUCCUACUGAGGAAAGAACAAAACAAAAUGGAACAUACUUUUUUUUCUGCAAGGUUAUGCAAAUCAACAUAAUAUUCGACAUUUUAUUUUGUCUUUUGCCAAGUAUUGUGCUCAUCAGUGCUGGUCAGUUACAAGUUCUGUUAGAGUGUGUGCUUGGCACAGAGAAAGAAAUGAAUUGUGUGUAAAAAAAAUUGCUGGAAUAUGUACUCAAAAAUACAGUUUAUUUGGCUGAUUGGUGCCUUUAACAUUCCACCAAGCAACAGUUCUUGCACAAGCUGUGAAUGAAAUCCCAGUGAAUCCAGUAUAGAGCACAUUGUACAGUGUGGCUCUGUAGGGCCCCGCUGGCAUGGUGUCUACACUGCCAGUGCUCCGCACACACUACAGUGCCUUUCUCUAGCGUGGUACUGCAGGUUCGCAGCCAUCCCAAGGCCAUUCACUUAGCGUGAAGUGAACAGCGAAACUUAAGGACGAAUUUUCCCCACACUGCACCCAUCACUGUGCUGCCUUUGAUCACCUCCGUGAAUUCCCCUGAAACGGUCGUUUGUCUUUAAUUUCGUAUCGAACGUUGCUUUUAUGAAAAAAGUCAUUUGAAGAAACUCUUCAUUUGCUCACAUUUUGCAUCAUUUUGUUUCUCUGGAUUCGUAGUGUAUUUCGGUAAUGCAGGCUGUCCAUGUCGAUAAGUGUUGCAUCCACGCUAAUUCCUUAGAGAAGGAAAGCCAGUGUAACUCCUACAGCAGUUACAGCAUAGGUAAAAACACCGAAAAUGUGUAUAGCGAUCUGUGAGGCACUAGGGUCACUUAAUACAAAAUGAUGAGAGAGAGAGACCGGCUUUAUGUCGUCCUUUGUAUCAGCCUGAAAUUAAAUGUCAUUUAAGUCUUGCCAGAAUAACUGCUGCUAAAAUAUCAUUUUGGGGAAAAAAUGGAAUUGCAUUUCUGCUCUGAAAAUCAUCUGUACCCACCUGCCUUUCUGGUGUGCCUACCAGUUGGAAGAGCUUUUUAUUCUUCACUGGAGAGAAUUUGCCACCCCCCUAAUAUUCUAGAAUGCCAGCAGUUCUAAUGAUGGGCACAGCUGAUAUAGGGUUUAAAUUGCUGCUAAACUGGUGCACAAAGUGUCAGUCAUUGCAAAAUCAAGGCACCAGAGCAACUUGUUCCUUCCAUAAAUGCAGGGCAACCACAGCGUGGAACCAACAUGUCAGAAAGCGUUGUCAUGGUUAUGGCCCCUGAUAUUCUGACUUUGAGAGUAUUGGCUUUUCCGUGUUUCCCUAGUGAGUUGCAGGUCAUAGAUGAUUGGUUACGACAAAUAUGUGUUUUAUAAAAUUAAGAGGUCCCUUAAGACAUUGGGGGAAAAAUCCUCCCAGAUUUAGAGUAUUCGUUAAAAUAUACUUUUGUAGUAUUGAUAUUGUUUGUUUAGGGUUGCUACAGUGUUCAGCUGUGCCACGUCUAAGCAGAAACUGUGCAUAUAAACUCAAAUAUGUACGUAAAAGCCAAAAAGGUUGUUUUAAUCUCUUGACGACAGCAACGAUUCUAAAUACUGUAUUAGGAUUGAACUAUUCAAAAAGACUUGAAAUGAUGCCUAAGAUCUGUAGAGUUGUAUUUUUGGGCUUUUUGUAAAGCGUACAAAACAUGCUGAAAGAGGUUCAACCAAUGCAAUAAACAAUGAUUAUACAGAA